AUGGAGAGCUUAUACAAUCAAACGGGUGCAUUAUUACAACAAAUUCAUUUCGGUUUGGGUGCGUUAGAGAAUGCCAAAGAUGAGAGCGAUGCACAGAAGACCGUACAAAUGAUUUAUGAACAGCUUAAGUUCCGUCCGAAUGAAUCCACUCAAUUGUCUAUGGAUGACGGUGAAUUAAUGUUAAAUGAUCGCUUGCAUUCAUCGAAUAACGCUGUUGAUGAACUGAUUAAUCAUGGUUCAGCCAUCUUGGAACAAAUUAGAUCACAAGGAUUCGGUUUAAGAGGAAUUAAACGAAGAGUAUUAGAUAUCGGACAGCAGUUGGGUCUUUCAUCAACAACACUGCGAAUGAUCGAACGAAGGGUGAACGAAGACUGGGUGAUAUUUGUGAUUGGUUGCGUCUUUGUGAUUGUAUUCAUGUAUGUUUUCUAUCGUUUUUGGAAGGGAUAG